ACGAAAUCAACCACGAACUGAAAUUUGUUCCACAGACGCCGUCUGUAAAGAGGGAGCAGUCGAUGUCUUAAAUUUGUUGAAUAAGAAAACUGUUAAUUGUUAUGUCAUUUAACCAAAAAACAGUUCCUGAUAAUGAUUCUGCUGUAAGUCCUCCAGAUAAUAAUAUCUCAAUCGAAUCGGAAAAUUUUUUGAGUGCCCUUAAUGAGAUUUCCAAUUCUCGAUCUGUUCCCGAUGUUUCUAUGCUAUGGAAGCUAUUAUUUGAGCUUCAAAAGAUAUCAAAGUUUAAUGAUAAAUCUGAACAAUUUUUUUCUACAUUUGAGGAGCAAUUGCAAAGUUCUAAGUCACCACAACAGCCAUCUACUGCUUCCCCAAGUUCAGUUCAUCGAUCGUCCGUUUCUUCUGAAAUAGAUCAAGAGAAAGAGAAAGAAAAAGAGGAAAAACGAACGUUCUCCUCGGCGUUUAAUACUCAGGAUAGUCCAUCAAUAUUGAAAAAGCGUAAGGGAUUACCCACAGACGAUAAAGUUGAUAAACCUGUAAUUGAGGAGAAACCCGAUGAACAGCGAUUAGAAAUCUCCCAAGAAAAUAUAGACCUGCCUGUUAAAAGCAAAGAUGAUCAAGUCGGAGCUUGUUAUAAAUCUGCAAAUGAACUUGCCACUGGUUCUCUUAUAUCUUUCAUCGUCGACGAUCAUAUGACUUAUGAAGAAAAGAAGGAACUGUUAUGUAUUUCUUCAUUCCCAAAAAAAGAUGUACGAUGCUUAGUUGCCGGUACCCCUGUUACAGAAGACUUUUCCAAUAGUAAACCGAACAACCAAAUCUCAAUAUCUACUUUCUACUCUUUUUUAGAUCCUUAUUUUCGAAGUUUUGAUGAUGAGGACGUGAAUUUUUUACGAGAAACUUCGGAUGUUUCAAAAAGUUAUCAGAACCCGCCUUUGGGAGAACGAUAUCCUGAAGUUCCCCAAGAAGAUGAUAUUGGUAAACUUUGCGCUGCUUCAAUUUACCAGAAUCUCAAAACGGUACCUCAUGGCUCUUUAGAGUUGCUUCAGGAAGUUGAUACAGUAGGCGAGGAUAUUAGCUGCGGGCCUUUAACAGAAAGGCUACUUGCAUCGUUGCUUCCUGAUGAUGAUGUAUCUAGUAAAAAUAAAGUCAACUCAAUCGUAAAUGGAACUGAUAAUGCUAAGGAUUCCCACGUGAAAAAGGAGAGUCUAGAGGAGACUGAUAAUGAGAAAGAGGAGCAACAUGGCAUGAAUGAUGAAUUAUCAAUUCUAUGCGAAUCUGACUUUUCUUUUUAUGAAGAAAGGCUUCGAAAUCGUCUUCGGUCUUUGGGUGUUAUAUAUGAUGAUGAUAUUGACUGGACAAAAAGGCAAGAUGACCAAAUAUCUGAAACUUUAAGAUCACUACAAGAUCGCCUGAAAAAAACUGAAGAUGCAAAUCAGCAACGGAAACAAAAGAUUUUAGAACUUUUGCCUGAGGAAAUGGCGUUUCAAGAAUUUUCAAGUGUAUUAGACGACCUCGAUAAGCAGAUUGAAAACGCAUAUAUGAAACGAAACAGAACUCUGAAAGUAAAGAAGAAAAGGAUCGUUAAUGAAAAAAUAAAUGCAUCUGCAACAAGUUCAUAUGCUACUAUAAAAUCACUAAUGGAUAAAAGAUCACUAUGGUUAGAGAAAUUGCAGCCCUUAUUUUAUAGGCGACUACAAAGUGAUUGUCUUCGACCGCCGGAUUCUGUUUUCAUAAGUCAAGAUGAAAAAAUAAUGAAUACAAGUCCGUUAUACGGCACGAAUUCAUUAGAGAAUGUAGACUACAACGCCACCCCUGGUGUUUGAAUGAAUAAUAUAAUGUUUACGAGUAUCAACACUGCCUAGUUCUCAAUUUGCAAAGAUAAUAUUUAACCUAUAUAAACUUCUAAUUGACAAAAAACUCAUCUAUUAUA